AUGGGUUAUAAGGACACCGAGCUUGGUCACCCCGUGCUUGAGGUGGCUGCACCGCGGGCCACGCUGGGAGCCUUUCCACUCCACCAGUUCUUGGCCCAGUUGAUGGUGUUUCUGAUCAGUUUCAUAAGCUCCGUGUUCUGUGGCCACCUGGGAAAGCUGGAAUUGGAUGCUGUCACUCUCGCCAUCGCAGUCAUCAAUGUCGCCGGUAUCUCAGUGGGAUUCGGCUUAUCUUCUGCUUGUGACACCCUCAUGUCUCAGACCUACGGCAGCCCCAACAAGAAGCACGUGGGGGUCAUCCUGCAGAGGGGCGCCCUCAUCCUGCUGCUCUGCUGCUUCCCCUGCUGGGCGCUCUUCCUCAACACCCAGCACAUCCUGCUGCUCUUCAGGCAGGACCCGGACGUGUCCAGGCUCACCCAUGCCUAUGUCCUGACCUUCAUGCCAGCUCUUCCUGUGACAUUUCUUUAUACAUUACAAGUUAAAUAUUUGCUCACCCAGGGAAUCCUGCUGCCCCAGAUCCUAACGGGAGUGGCAGCCAACCUCGUCAAUGCCCUUGUCAACUAUCUGUUUCUCCAUAAACUGCAUCUUGGGGUGAUGGGUUCAGCACUGGCAAACUUGAUUUCCCAGUUCUCCCUGGCUCUGUUCCUCUUUCUCUACAUCUUAUGGAAGAAACUGCAUCAAGCUACCUGGGGAGGGUGGUCCCUUGAGUGCCUACAGGACUGGGGCUCCUUUUUCCACCUGGCCAUCCCCAGCAUGCUCAUGCUGUGCAUGGAGUGGUGGGCCUACGAGAUCGGGAGCUUCCUGAGCGGUAUCUUGGGCAUGGUGGAGCUGGGGGCCCAGUCCAUCGUGUAUGAACUGGCCACUGUUGUGUUCAUGGUACCUACAGGCUUCAGCGUGGCAGCCAGUGUCCGCAUUGGGAACGCGCUGGGCGCUGGGAACAUCGAGCAGGCCAAGAGAUCCUCCGUGGUCUCUGUGCUGGUCACAGAGCUCUUUGCUGUAACCUUUUGUGUCCUGCUGUUAAGCUGUAAGGACCUUGUGGGGUACAUUUUCACCACUGACGGAGAAAUCGUCGCUCUGGUGGCUCAAGUGGUUCCAAUUUAUGCUGUUUCCCAUCUCUUUGAAGGUCUUGCUUGCACAGGGGGUGGCAUCCUGCGGGGAAGUGGAAAUCAGAAGGUCGGAGCCAUCUUUAAUGCCAUUGGGUACUACGUGAUUGGCCUCCCCAUCGGGAUUUCGCUGAUGUUUGCAACCAGACUGGGAGUGAUGGGCCUGUGGGCAGGGAUCAUCAUCUGUACCAUCUGUCAAGCUGUGUGUUUUCUAGCCUUUAUUGCUCGGCUAAAUUGGGGGAAAGCCUGUCAACAGGCUCAGGUACAUGCCAACAUGAAACUAACUGCGGCCCAGGAUGGGACUUCGCUGUCUCAGGACUUACUUGACCCAGUGGGCCCUGAAAACCAUGGAGAAGUUGUAAUGAAAGACGUUGAAAAAAAAGAUGAGACCCAGUUGGAUCAGCAGUUGCACCAAGAAGAACACCUUCGGGUCCACCCAAAGGACCUGACAAAGUUGACUGGGAAGCAGUUGGCACUGAGGAGAGGGCUCCUGCUCCUAGGGGCCAUUGCGGUCUUGCUGGUGGGGCUUUUAGUGAGAGUCUGUGUCAGAACUCAGUGA